UGAACCUUCACAUAUUAGCUUAGAGUUUAAUCUCAAUUAUUAUAAGAUUGAAGGUCCCAACUUCUAUAUAUAGAUUGCCCCCUAUGACGUGUCACAUUUAUCCCAAUCCUUCUCCACUCCUCCCAAAGUACGGUGAACAUCAUAAAUUCAAUAUCCAAAAGGUCAAACAAAAUUAAAAUAAAAAUAAAAAGAAAAAAAAACAAAUUUCAAUUUUCAAAUCAAAUCCAAAAAAAUUCAACAGAACUAGUAAAAUAAUUAAUUCAUAAUCUACAAUGGUGAUCUCCCAAUCCAGCAUCAAUCCAGCGGUUAACCUCGCCGCCUCCGCUUUCCGCCGCCGCCAUCACCACCACCACCUCCGACUCAACAACCUCCUCCAGAACCGCUACCUCCUCCCACGCGCCGCCGCCGCCGCCCGGCGUCUGACGCUCGAAGCGGUCAGAGUGAGAGCUUUCUCGACCGACGAGGCUCAGUCCGCCGGUGCCGAGAAGCUUCCGAAUAAACCGCCGAUAUGCACCGCCGACGAGCUCCACUACGUCACCGUGAAGAACUCGGACUGGCGGCUCGCUCUCUGGCGCUAUAACCCGUCGCCGCAGGCUCCACCGAGAAAUCAUCCGUUGUUGCUGUUGUCGGGUGUGGGGACAAAUGCCAUUGGAUAUGAUCUGUCUCCUGGGUCUUCAUUUGCCCGCUAUAUGUGUGGUCAAGGAUUUGACACCUGGGUUCUAGAAGUUCGAGGGGCUGGGUUGAGCACACAAGGUUCUGAUCUUAAGGACGUUGAAAAAUCAGCUCAUUCGAUAUCCGAUCAAAUGGAAUCUGCUGCAGAGAAGGUGACCAACGGGGCUGUCCCUACGGACCAGCAGCCAAACACUUCCCAAAGUGUCUCGGAAAAACCCGACCCUACAGACCAGCAGCCAAAUAUUACCCAAAGUACCUCGGAAAAACCGGACCCUACAGACCAGCAGCCAAACAUUACCCAAAGUACCUCGGAAAAACCGGACCCUACAGACCAGCAGCCAAACAUUGCCCAAAGUACCUCGGAAAAACCUGAGAUAGUUGUGGUCAAUGAACAACCAAAUGUGGUUGAAACACCAUGGGAUGAAUCCAGAAUGGUGACUGAAUUGACAGAAACUUUUACGCGCUUGUCAGAAAGACUUUCUGGCUUUCUUAGUGAAAGUCAGUCAAAGAUUAUGUCUGCCCAAUUUUUUGAUCAAUUAUCAAAACUCUUGGAGGAUUCCUUUAGGUUUGAACGCUUUAGUGAAGUAAAGGGAAAGAUUUUAAGUUUGCUGGAUACAAGGGGAAACUCUGGUGUUACAGGCCAGAUUAAAGAUCUAAGUCAAAAACUAGUAGAUAUCAUUGACGAAGGUCAGCGUUCUGUAUCGCCUCAGCUUUUUGAUCUGCAAGAGCGCCUAUUUACAACAGUAGAUGAUUUCCAGAAGCAAUUGGACUUGAUUGUGAAAUACGAUUGGGACUUCGAUCAUUAUUUGGAAGAGGACAUUCCUGCUGUGAUGGAAUAUAUUAGAGCCCAAAGCAAACCAAAGGAUGGUCGGUUACUUGCAAUUGGUCACUCCAUGGGGGGUAUUUUGCUAUAUGCCAUGCUGUCGCGAUACAGUUCAGAAGGAAGAGAUCCUGGAUUAGCUGCUGUUGUUACAUUGGCCUCAUCACUCGACUACACAACAUCAAAAUCAGCACUAAAACUACUUACUCCCCUUGCUGAUCCUGCACAGGCUCUAAAUGUGCCCGUUAUUCCUUUAGGAGCAUUACUAUCUGCAGCUUAUCCUCUUUCUUCCCGUCCACCUUACGUCUUAUCAUGGAUGAAUGACCUUAUCUCCGCACAGGAUAUGAUGCAUCCAGAGCUUCUGAAGAAGCUUGUUCUAAACAAUUUUUGUACUAUUCCUGCUAAACUUUUAUUACAGCUAACAACAGCUUUUCGAGAGGGAGGACUUCGAGAUAGGAGCGGUACGUUUCUGUACAAGGAUCAUCUUCGUGAAAGCAAUGUUCCUGUCUUAGCUCUUGCUGGAGAUCGAGACUUGAUUUGUCCUCCAGAAGCAGUACUUGAAACUGUGAAGCUCUUUCCUGAGCAUUUGGUCACGUAUGAAGUAUUUGGAGAACCUGAUGGUCCACAUUAUGCUCAUUACGACUUGGUCGGGGGGCGGCUGGCUGUGGAACAAAUAUACCCCUGUAUAGUCCAAUUUCUAAAUGAGCAUGACUUGGAUCAAUAAUCAUAUGUAUUAUUGGUACUGUUAAUCAACAAAAUAUACAUUUCUAUUAAUCCUCUGAUGAUGCAAUGGCCAAGAACAGCUGUGUCGGCUGUCUGGGAAUUUCAUUUCUUCUCAAAGGAUCACCACCUACAAAAGCUCGUACACGGAUCUUGCUCGUGUUAAUCUGGCAAAUCAUGUCAGUUUUUUAAUCCGUUGUGGUUUUACGUAUAGUACAGUUCCUUUGGCCCCGUUAUUGGUAUUUAAUGUCAUUGUAAAGAAGAAGUAACAUUGAAUUUCUGUAAACGAAAUAUAUAUAUGUAGUUUCUUGUGUAUUUA